AUGUCGACAGAGUUUAUAUCGUCUUUUGGUUCCUCGUCAGUAAUGGACUCGUCCAAUCCAGAUUCUACGCAGUGUCAGGAUAUUCAACCACACCCCAUGACAACUACACCUUCUUCGCAGCAUUCGAAACCGGAAGACCAUGUUGGUAGCUGUUUACAUACAGCUAAAGACCACAGGGUUGUGGGAGACAUUCCUGAAACAGCAUCUGACAAGGAACUGAGGUUUACCCAUGAGGAUAUUAGUGACAUGGAAUUCGCAGGACAACGCCAAUUGUCGGAGCAUGACACAACACCUCCUCAACAUGAAAGUAGCAAGGCGGCCAUGUAUACUGCCCUGGAUACCGCAGUUUCUGAAACCAAUCCUUCCUCAUAUAUGGUGUCUAAUUUAAUAGGCUGCAAAGUUCCAAUAGAUGCAAUGCCUGGGGAGCAAAAACGAAGACACGAGGAGAGGCAGGAUGUCUCGCGGAAAGACCGCAAAUUUGUCCAACCAUUAACCGCAUCCCUAGCUAACGACAACUUCAAGUAUACGCUAGCCUCACAGUCGUCGAUAUUAGGUUCCUUGUCUACUUUCAUGGAGGCAAGAGGCCGGGUUAAAAGGCGACAAAGAACGGCUGUCAGUCCAUACUUUACCAACAACGUGCGGCUCGAGGAUAUUGUAGAACAUCAGGACCCAGCUAUAAAGGCUGAAAGCUCCCACGGAUAUGAAGAACAAAAAGAUAUGCUAGAGGAGCUAUAUUCUCCAGGGUUAGAACUUACAACACAGCGGUAUCCUCAAUACCCUCAACUGCAAGCCCACACUCACGAGCAACCACUACUAUUCGUAUCAACUGCACUCCUCAAGAGCCAUCUCCCAAUUAUUCAAGGCCUUGAAAGAUUACAGAGCCCUCCAGCUGUGAUAUACAGAGACUAUGAUGUUCCCAUCCGAGACCAGCCCAUUCCUCGCAUCUGGACUCUAUCUCAAACAAACACCAAAGAUAAUCUCCCCAAAGAGGCAGACAUCAUCGUCUCACCAACAGCUGGGAUCAUACUGACUAUUCUACAAGCUACUACACAGCUAUACCUUCCUGGCCAUAGACCUAAUCCACAGACGAACGGGACUAAGUGCAUCAACUCUCCGCUCCGCGAACGUAUUUUCCUCCUAGCUCCGCGGUACAGAUACCUCUACGUAUUUGUUGCUCACGGCACAAGUUCUCCAAAAUAUGGACAAGACAACGCUCCACGAUGGACAGCAGAUAGACGGUUGUUAGCAUCUUUCACAUCACUCACAGCUUUCUGCAAUUCGAUGUCAGCGAAUUCAACCAUCUCUCCGAUCUUGAUUUCCCCAUCGUCUAAUACACUCAUAGAAUGGAUUCUGGCACUAGCUCGCAAACAUGCUUUUCAAUUGCCUACUAAUACUGUUGAUUUACCGCAGACGACGUCUUUUACACCCGUGAACCCGACUCAGAAGAACAAGUUUGACAUCAAGGCUAUGGAGAAUGAAACUCGCUGGGAGAUAUUUCUCCGUCGAGGAGGGCUGAAUCCGUAUGCUGCGCAAACUAUUUUGACCAUCUUGACAUAUAAACGAGAAAUACCCAAAUGCAAAGAUAAUGACAGAACACCACAUGAUGUCGAGGAAGAGAUAAGCGCCCUCUCCAGAUUUAUCGAAAUGUCACCGGAGCGGCGACAAGAACUCUUUCCUGAUUUGAUUGGAAAGAGAAAUGAAGCAAUUCUUGAAAAGGACUGGCAAUGUGACUGGGCAUUAAAUUUUGAUUAA